UGCUGAUCAUUAUUUAAUCCUUGUUCUUUGUUUACUAUGAUUUUGGGGGUUCUAUUCUCUAUUAUUGUACAAGGACUACUCUGCUCAGUUACUGUUGUAUAUCUUUGCUGAGGACACGAUACUGAUAAUGGUGCCUUGAACAUUUGACUUGAGAAUUACUACAACGCUGCCUCAUGGAGGAUCUUCACGUAAGUUCUUCUCUUUAAUAACAGGAUAUCUUCUGAUCUUUUGCUAGCUUUUCUAUUCAAAACUUAUGUUUAAAUUGGAAUGCCUUUAUUUUUCAUGAUUAAGUCUUAUGUACUUUGGCUUUAGGUUUGAUUCUGAUUUUGGUUACAUCAUGUUGUAAUUUGAUUUCUCAUCUUUUCUUGUAUUUUGAGCAUUAGACUCUUUGCAUUGAUGAAUGGUUUUUUUUUUCUUUUUUUGAAGAAUCAUAAUGAAAGGUUUGGUUUCCUUUUUAAAUAAUAAUAAUAAUAAGACAUCUUCUGAGAUAAUGAACAUGAUUUUCCUUGUUUAUUGAACAUCUGGAUGGAUGUGAUUGAGAGUCCAAGAUAUAAUGAAUACUCAUGUUCGAUUACCGGCAGAAGCCAUUUUUUCUUUCCAACUUUUUAUGUGAAUGACCAUUGAAGGAAGGACAGGAUAUGGAGCAACAAUAAUAUUUCAGUGAUUUUGGAAAGGAAAGGCUAUCAAAUUCUUAUCAGGUUAUAUGUUUGUAAUGAUUCUCAUCUUCUCUUAAUAGAUUACCUGCGAGCUGUGGCUUCCUUUAUGUGAAACCUGGCUCCACUCAUCGCUUCCUCUAUUUAUUUAUUUAUUUGGAUAUUAACAGCAUCUACAGUUUUUUCUAUUUGAAAACAGUCAUCCAUGUUUUUCUUUUUUGUUUUAUUUACUGAUGCCAUCUACUCUUAUAAAUGCUACACGUAUGCUUUUUAAUUGUGAACAUGUAUUGAUAUGGCAGAAUUCAUAUAUAACCCUUUUAUUCAAUUAUCAGUGCCCUUGAUAAGAUAACAAGGGGCGACAUAUUAACAAGAGAAGAACGUGUAAAAACCUGUAUUUGUUUGUUUGUCUGUCUGUUUUUUCUCCAUAUCAAGACAUAUCAUUCAUAUUGCCUCUGUAUUGACUCAAAUAAUGUACUACAAGCUAUCCAUAAAGUUGCAUAACACGCAUAUGAGUUUACUUUCUAAGUUAUUUGUCGUAUUACAACCACUUACAUAUAUUAUUUCAUUAACUCUAGGCCUCCGGCAAUAACCAUGUGCCAAUAAAUAUUCAUACUUCACUGUGGUCGAUUUUAUGUUUGAUAAGUUCUUCUGAUUGUAGAUAGUUGACAAAAGCUGGUGGAGGAUGAUUCAAACUAUUUUCUUGCCUAUGUGGAAGGUUUUCCUAAUCGUCACUUCAGGGGAAUUAUAUCAUUUACUUGCAACAGUUCACAAAGGAAAAAAGGUAAACAUCAGAAUAUGUAUUCAAAGACGAAAAAGGGGAAUUCUAAGCUAUUAUCUCUUCCUUGGUUGGUGCUUCCAAGUUCACACAUGGCAUGUGGAUGAUGAUGCCUCUUGGCCUUUAUCCCCUUUGGCUUUGCAUAUGAUAAGUCAAAGUUGGUCGCAUCGGAGUUGCUCAUAUGAACUCGUCGUGUCGGAGAAGAAGAAGACGACGUACAGAGGAAGAUUUUCACACCAAAGAAGAAGUGGAAAAAGAAAAAAGAAAGGCAAUAAUGUAACUUCACGUGGUCAUAACAUCAGCAAAGGGGCAUUUGACAUUUUUUUUCAAAAAUGAGAUCAUUUACUAUUUUGGGCCUUUAAAAUAGGUCUUUUGAGCAAUUAAUCCCAAAAGAAAAUAAGAUAAAAAAAUAAUAAAACGAAGAUCAAUAUUAUUUUUGAGAGUUCUGUGAUUAAAAUGGAAUAAAUUUAAAAAUUCAGAAACCAAAUUAAAAUUUAAAUCUGCCAUCUAUAAUAGC